GAUUUGGUGGCAUCGAAAAUGCCAUCUUUAUUCGUUAGAGAUGGCGGACGUAAAGGCGAUUAUGCGGCUAGCAAGGAGUUGAAACGAAAGCAGAAUGCCGCACAAAAAAUGUCAGCGGGCAAAGGCCAAAAGAGAUCGAAACGAAACGAGGAAAUCUCAUCAGAUGAAGAUAUUUCGGCAGAUGAGGGGCGGCCGCCCGUAAGGCCUGGACUAGGCCCGUAUUCAGGGAUUGAAGAAAUCGAUGACGACGACCAAUUUGAGGAUGUUCAACAGACGGCUUAUAGGAAAGCAAAACAGUUGCUGGCCGAUAUUAGGGCUGAAGAGAAGACUGAGGAGGGUGAGGAAAAUGACGAAGCAGUGGCUCAUAGACUACACGAAGAGGCCUUAUCGCAUGUUGUCACUCUGCAUCGAAAGAUUGCCCAAACUGCAAAAUUAUCUGAUUCAGUGGUUCAAUUUUCAACAGUGGCCGUAGCGAUAUCACACGAUGCACGAUACAUUUGCAGUUGCUCGAAAGACGCGACCAUUGUGAAAUAUGACAUCGAAGAGGGCAAAAAAGUCGGUCAAUUGAAAUAUGACAAGAAAACGGGUGGACGAAACUGUCAUAAAGGUCAUAUUUUGGCAUUGGCCAUCUCAGCACAAGAUCGAUUUUUGGUCAGUGGUGGACAGGAUGCCGUAAUAAGAGUUUGGAAUUUUGUCAGUUUGGAUUUAGUCAAGGAAUUGACCGGACAUAAAAACGCAAUUACUGGACUGACAUUUCGUUUGGGCACACAACAGUUGUUCAGUUGUUCACGAGACCGAAGUGUGAAAGCAUGGGAUCUGGAUCAGAUGGGAUACGUAGAUACGAUGUUUGGACAUGUGGAUGCUGUGAUGGGUAUUGACAUCUUAGGAAGGAGAUGUGAAGCAUCAUUAACAGAUAGUUUGAGUUGCGUUUCGGAAAAGAUUUUGCUUGCGAUUAGCACAAAGCAAGCUGGAUAUGGAAAUUUCUAUAUCCAGGAUGGAAGGAAGUAUGCAAUAGAGAGAAGGAAUGUUGUUUUUAUAGGGAACGUGUUCUGA